AUGUCUUUGUUAGGAGUAAGACUUUGUUCAUGGAAACUAACCCAAUGUCAGUUAGGAACCAGGGCUAGAUUGCCCCGAGUCUUUGCUCUUGUCCAUGGAAAACAUCUGUUGUCUACAAGUACCAGAAUUGAGACUUUUAACCAGCCACUGUCGGGGAAUGACAUGCACAGAAGUGGAGGAAUUGCUUCCUUCAUGAGACUUCCAGUGCAGGAAACUACAGAAGGACUGAAUGCUUGCUUCGUCGGAGUACCUCUGGAUGCGGGUACUUCAAACCGAUCCGGCACUAGAAUGGGUCCCAGACAGAUAAGGACGGAGUCCGUGUUGUUAAGACUUGUGAACGUGGCAACUGGUGCAGCACCCUUUGAAAGCCUGCAAGUCGCCGAUAUUGGAGAUGUGCCUUUCAAUGCCUACAACUUACACCUGGCGGUCAAACAAAUCAGAGAAGCUUAUCGCGCUAUUAUUAAAGACGGUUGUGUCCCUUUGACUCUUGGUGGCGACCACACUUUGUCAUACCCCAUUCUACAGGCAAUCAAGGACAGAUAUGGUCCGGUGUGCUUGGUUCACAUCGAUGCUCACUCGGACACCAGUGAUCUCAUGUUUGGAGAAAAGAUUGCUCACGGCACGCCCUUUAGAAGAGCUAUAGAAGACGGUUGUCUAGACUGCAAACAGUCGAUACAGAUUGGCUUGAGAGGGUCUGGAUACACCCUGGAUGACUACAGAUGGGUUUCCGAUCAGGGUGUGAGGGUUGUGCCUGCUAACGAUUGUUGGAACAAGUCUCUUGUCCCACUGAUGGAGGAAGUAAGGAAAGCAAUAGGAGAGAAGCCCGUAUACAUCAGCUUCGACAUAGAUGGGCUUGAUCCUUCUGUGGCACCAGGAACUGGAACGCCAGAGAUUGCUGGAUUGACAAUCAUUCAAGGACUAGAGAUUCUUCGUGGUUGUCGGGGCCUGAAUGUUAUCGGUGCUGACCUGGUCGAGGUCUCGCCGCCAUAUGAUCCGUUUGGGACAACUGCCCUUGUAGCUGGAAACCUGCUUUUUGAGAUGCUCUGUGUGUUACCACGUGUGAAGUACUACAACAAGUGA